AUGCCUUAUCUUAGUAUUGCACAUAAAGCCGUAAACCUAGCUAACCUUAUGAGAGGCCAAGAGAUUACUGAAGAACACGCGAACGUCGCCUGGACAGGCGUUAAAAGAUUGCGAUUGAAUGACACACGCUCACUGCCCACCCCCAGUCCCAGGUGUGCAGCUCGGAAUGAGGACAGUAUCCUAGCUCGGUACUGCCCGCACACCUGGGACGGGUGGCAGUGCUGGCCGCCUACGCCUGCCGCCACGGAGGCCGAGCGACCCUGCCCUUCGUACAGCUACCUCGGAAAACCCUCGUCUUGCCCCAAGCUGGCCACCAAGCAGUGCACAGAUGGCGGCAGGUGGCUCUCCCGCGUGGGCAAGGGCGGCCAGCGACAGGAGUGGAGCAACUACUCGUCGUGCAGCGUGGCCGAGGGCAUCAUCAGGCGCCUCUACGUGCACAUUGGCGCGUACGCGGUCUCGGUGGUGGCGCUUCUGCCCGCCCUCGUCGUCUUCUUCUCCUACAAGCAGUUACGAGUCCACCGGAUCACGCUUCACAAACACCUGUUCAUCAGCCUUCUGCUGGAGGCUUCGGGCGUCAUCAUCCUCAGGCUUCUUCAGCUGCACAUGGACACGGUAAUCAAGCAGAACCAGUCGUGGUGCAUCGCCCUCAGCCUGGUGACCAAGUAUGGCCGCGUCAGCAACUAUAUGUGGUACCUGUGCGAGGGCUACUACCUACACAGACUGCUGGCAUCCGCAUUCGCCGAACAGAGCAGCCUCGGCACCUUCUAUUUCAUCGGUUGGGAUCAAAAAGUCCAAAUGGAGCAGAUGUUAUAUACUCUGUUGAUUAAAGUAGAUAUACUAUUAACCUUGUAG